UGCGUUGACCCUGGUGGCCCAUUUAUUUUUUAUUGUUGUUGUGAUUUGUGGCGGUUAUUUUGUUGUUGAAUUUAUUAAUUUCCACUUAUAAAACUCUUGCUUUUAAACUUAUUAAACUAUCAGAAGGGACAAUUUUAUGUAUAAAAUAGUUUAAAUGUAUUUAUGACUGCGUUAAUCGUAUAAAUAGCGUUAUUUCUGAACAUAACCUACACGAAGUUAUUGAUGCCGUUUUAAAAGGCCAAUAUAUUAUUUCAUACUUAUAUUUUAAUACAGAAUGGGUGUCACUGUUUUGCAACAGUAUCCAGUACCAGAGAACAAGACUGGUACCUAUGUGAUUGAUUUGCUCACGAAGCGGCUGCUAGCGCUGGGGGCAACUCAACAGGGACAGUUCCUAGUCGACUGUGAAAGUUAUCUAUCGCUCCCUCAAAUGGGUCCAACAAAAACAGUGCACGUUCUACACAAUUCUGAACAGCCAGCAUCUGUAUUCUCAAUACUAGAGAGUGGUUCAAAGAACAUCCAUGUGGUCGCAGACAGCCUGUUUGACCUGCUCAUGAUGAAGUUGAGCAACAUCUACACAUCUAAGAAACAGACUAAGAUGGAGAGUAAGGGCACCAGGUUUGAGCUGGGUGACUUCUGCGUUAAACUUGGCUCUGUUACUAUGAACCAGAGCUUCAAGGGGGUACUUGUGGAGGUAGAAUAUCGGCCCUGCGUAAUGGCGAACGCAGUAUGGGGUCUCCUGCGCGAGUUCCUGCAGGGUCUGCUGGGCCCCUCUGUGCCCGUCCAGCCCCCUCAGCACUUCCUCAGCAGAAUGAACGAGAUCUACACCCCCAUAGAUACUAUAUACCAGUAUCUAGAACACUUCAGUGCUUACAGGAAAAUCACAGGGAUGCGAAGUGCAGUUUAAGUGCAGUGUUUUGUUGACACAUUGGUACUGAUUCUGAUUGCAAAGAGUAUUUGCAUCUUUUUUUUUAACAAUAUUAUUAGGAUUUUAUAGAUGACUAAUAUUAACCUU